AUGGGAGUCGCCGCGCUGGGUUGCUCGCUAGCCUCGCUGGGUUUGCUAGUUUUGCUAGGGUUCGCUAGGGGUGACCAGUGGCAGGAUUCUACAGGAUAUCCUUCUGCUAGUGGAUGGCAGGCUGGAUAUCCUUCCAGCUCCUACGGGGCGCCGAGUCCUUCCUAUGGACCUCCUACGUACAAUACAGGAACGACAGGCUGUGCAACUGGGUUCAACGACAUCCUCCCAGAUAUUAGUGGAGUCAAGAAUAACAUUCUGGCAACAGGCACCUCAGCAGCAAUAGCCGCCAUCUUGGCUAAACUGCCGGCUUUGAUAUUUUUCAAGGUGCUGAUAUUCAAGCUGAUAGUAGUCCCGAUCCUCUUCAUGCUCGUGGCGAUCCCAGUGCUGGCUCCGUUGCUGAUGAUGCUGAUGCCCAUGAUGAUGAACAUGAUGGGGAUGAUGGGCAUGGGAGGUAUGGGAGGCAUGGGAGGCAUGACCACGACAUCAACCACUGCAACACCAGCGAGAAGGUCGGGCAAGAACCUGAGCGAGACGGAGGACGCCAGAGUGACAGAGAUAGAUGAAGUGUUCAGAUCUUUGCUGGGCUCUGGAAGAUGUUUGGAGAGAGUCGCCUGUACGCUGGGUAGCAAAGACAAGGAUAGCUCCUACAGGAAACCUAUCACUUGGUUACUAAAACAGCUGCAAGCGUUGGUCCCGGGCGACUACCGUGACCAGGUCAAGCUAUACAGACAAGCCUACAUGGUCGGAGCUGACCAGGGCUGUGAUCAGGAGAUAUACCAGUGCCAGACACCGCAGUUAUUGGUCCAACAGGAGCAGAGGACCUAUAGGCUGCUCUAG